AUGGUUCCUGAUAACAUUACCAUUACGCGGGGGCUAGCCGACGUGGUACGGAGGGCCUAUCACGGCCCCGACCGAGAGGACCUCACCGUCAAUUAUGCGCGACGGCAGGUUGAGGAAUCACUGGGGCUGGAAGCAGGAUUCUUGAGGAGGGAGGACUGGAAGGUCAAGAGCAGGCGGAUCAUCAUGGAUGCUUUGAAAGAGCUUGAGGCUGCCGACGCGGAAUCUUCAUCACCUCAGCGCGCUAGUCCUACCAGAAGACCGAAAUCCGCUUCUUCAGUUUCCCACAAAAGCUAUACCGCAGGCGGCGGGGCAUCAAAAGAGACAGAGUCACACUUUGGGGCUGCAUCGGGGGCGGGCGACUUGAGUGAGGGGGAAUUUGCAUCAUCACCCCCUCCCAAGAAGCGCAAAGUGGCCAAGUCCACAAAGAAGAAGAUUGUGGAAUCUGAGGUCGAGGAGGAACUUUCUGCCCACAGCAACAGCGGAAGCGACAGAUCCGGUGUCUCAGGCGGGCCCGCAGCGACAUCAGACCCCGAAGACGUCCCAAAUCCGGCCGCUGCUGAGGACGAGAGUGAAGUCUCGGACGUAAUCGAUGAGCCACCCAAGCGGAAACAAAAAGCCAAGGCCAAAGCAACGUCCAAGCCCAAGCCCACUGACACUGCUGGCGACUCGUCUAGCGAACUUUCCUCCGUUGUUGAUGAAGGCCCUCCCACCAAACGGAAACGCGGCACAACGAAGACCCAGAAGGCCACCGCCGCUUCAAAAGCCACCGCUGCCAACUCCCCUGAGGAAGCUCAGAUUAAGCUCCUGCAAUCUCAGCUCGCUAAAUGUGGCGUGCGCAAAGUUUGGGGGGCCGAAUUUAAAAAGCACGGUGCAGAUGGUGGCAAAGCGAAGGUUAAGUACUUGAAGGAUAUGCUAUCCGAAGUCGGAAUGAGCGGCCGGUUCUCCGAGGCCAGGGCGCGAGAGAUCAAGGAGGCACGAGAGUUGCAGGCAGAUUUACAGGAUGUCAUGCAAGGAGAGAAGAGUUGGGGUGUUAGUGGGGGCGGGAGGGGGACGAGGAGGCGCGCGGCGGCCGCCGCUGCCGGGAAGGGGAGGGCUUUGAAGGAGGAGAGUGACGAGGAGGACGUGGAGGACGAUAAGAGCGACGAGGAUGAAGAGAGCGAGGCGGGGAGCGAGGCGGGCAGUGAUGCAGGGACUGAGGCGGGGAGUGAAGACAGUGAGGAAGAUGGAGGCGCGAAGCUAGCCGUUAGGGGCAAAGGGCCGGCGAAGCGUAGGGCAGAUUUGGCGUUCCUUGGAGAUGACAGUGAGUCGGAGUAG